CACACACACACACACACACACACAAGCAGAGCAGGAUGAGCUCCCAACCGGCGGCCGCACGAGCAGCAGCGACGCAUCUCCUCCCUGGCCUCCCGGAUGAGGUCGUGGUCUGGGAGAUCCUCGUCCGCCUGCCCCCCAAAGCCCUCCUCCGCUGCCGCGCCGUCCGCCGCGCCUGGCGCCUUGCCACCUCCACCCGCGACUUCCUCCUCGCCCACCACGCCCGCCAGCCCACCGUCCCCCUCCUCCACGGCUACAACUGCGCCGGCGACGUCGUUGAUUCCCUAGACAUCAUUCCGUUGGACAACGUAGCAGGGGCCGACGCCGCCGACCAGCUCCAGUACAGCGCGCGACCUGGCAUUCGCAGCGUUUACGGCCACGGCCUCGUGCUCCACGACUCCUGCGAUGGGCUCCUCCUCCUCUCCCUCUACAGCACGCACUCCGUCUACAACCCGGCAACUCGUCAGUAUGCUCCCCUCCAGCAGCUUAAUGGCUUUAUGCCCUUGGGGAUGUACCGGCACGGCCCUACCGGCGAGUACCGAUUGCUGCUGCACCCGUUCCGGAGGUCGGUGGCGCCUGACGCUCAAGAUGGCGCCCACGUCUUCUCUUUAGGCUCCGGCCAGCUGCCAAGGUACAUAGGGUGCUCUGAUACACAGGAAUUGAUACACAUUUCAGCUGGAUCUGUCCUGUUCCAUGGUAGCCUGCAUUGGUACAUGAACCGCAUUGUAAUGGUAUUUGACACCAUUGCUGAGUCGUUCCGGUCGAUGCGAUGUCCGAUUGUAAUUGGCUGCGAGGACCUGUUUGAGAUGGGUGACAUGCUUGGCAUGUUUAGUCUCAACUAUGAAGGGACAAGCGUUGAAAUCUGGGCGAUGCAGGACUACGAAGCCGAGAUCUGGGCCUUAAAGUACCGGGUCGAAUUUCCGGUUGCGGAGAUCAGCUUGCAAUGUGGAAAGUUUGACCAUCAUUGGGAGGUGAUUGUCACGUCAUGGGACAGUGAUGUGCUCGUGCUGCUCCGGUUUGAUGAUUGGCUACUUCAGGUUGGCAUGGAAGGCCAGUUGGUUGCCAGUUUCCAUCGCAAAGGCCUCCGUCCUACUCGACUUCGGCUCAAACAAAGUCUAGUUUCACAUGCCUUCUUUCCGACACUGGAGGGUUAUGUUGUGAACGGCUCGCCUUUCAUCAGAUGAUAAUGUGGUGGAUACACAUAUCCUUUCAUCUGAGGGUUGUUGGCUGUGAUGGUGCUUCUUAUGGCCUCACUCCGUAUCCACGUCAGCUGCAGUAUUGAGGGUCAAAGAUUGUGCACCCCGUUGGACUGCGAGCCAUGUUCAUUUUUAUCUGUAAGCAGUGCAAGUCCAUCAUGAUUCAUGAGUACCAUUGGUUGAAAGCAGAUUGCCUCAAGCAGGAGAUCACGAGGAAUUGUGUGUCAAGCAGAUUGUGCCAAGCUCCCUCCAAUUACUAUUUUUUGUGGGGUUCAAUUGUUUGCUUCUGGAUGUAUUAUGUGCCAUUGGUGAUUGCUCAGCUACCCACAUUCAGUUUUUUGCAGUAUGCGCGUCUGUGUGAGUUUAUUUUCCUGUGAUGAAUGUACAUACUGGUGAAUUGUGUGCGUUUGUGGGGUUACAGUUUACACUUCGAUGGUAUAUAGUACAAGAGUAACACCCAGAAUAUCAGUGUUGAUGUUGAUGCAUACAAGUCCUUUGGGCCAGCGUUUGAAAUGUCUGUCAAUUGCUCAGACUCGUAUCUCUGUUUUCUUAAACUGAAGAAUGUACUUUUC